GUUGAUAUGACCAAAGUGAACCUGGAAGUCGUAAAGCCAUGGAUUACCCAACGAGUGACAGAGGUUUUGGGGUUCGAGGACGAUGUCGUCAUAGAGUUCAUAUUUAACCAGCUUGAAGUUAAGGCCUGAACCAAUAUGGAUGUUAUACCUUGCAUCAGAAGUAUAGCACCAACACCUAAUUAGCUCUCUCCUGAGCCCAAAGUCACUGAGCCCAACUCUCCCUUCAUGAUGCAGUGUGUGUUUUGAGGUGAGUUGUAUGUAGGGAUCAUUAAUGUCAUGCCAGUGAUAGACACACCUAAAACGUGCCAUAAUAAUGUCCUUCAUAGGUAUCAACAGUUCAUCUUUAAAUUGUCCAGAUCCCUAUCAAAUGCAGCUAAAGUUGAAUGUGUGCUCAGAAACAGUGCAUCAUUUAAAAUAUUCAGGACUCCCUCUAUAUGCAGCUAAAGUUGUAGGUAUGCAGGGAAGAAGUUGCAUAUUUAUUAAAUGAAUUACAAUAAAUGAUUUAACAUCAACAUUGCAAACUUUUCAACUGAUUUUCAAUUUAUUCAAAGUGUCAGGUAUUUUUAACCAAGUUGUGGUACAAAUGGGUGUGUCUGACCACACCGUCAUGCAUAAUGAACACACCAAUACCAAAUAUUUAUACGCUUUAUCCAGUGUAAAUUGGGAUUAAACAUCCCUUAAGUAUUUUAUUUUAUUCACGUUUAUGAAUCCAUUUGUUUUAUAUUUGUCUGAUUCUUUAAAUGAGGGCUUUGUUUAAGUCUCAAAACAUUGUAAACAUAUACGUAUUGCCCUGUUUAAAGGGUAGUACGCGUUACCCAGUGUUAAAGUUGUCAGAGAGCCUUCUCGUUAGCCUUGAAUUUCCCAAGAUACAGGUAACCAAAUGUGCAUCUUUUCAAAUAUUUCAUGGGUAGGUAUGAUUGUUUAAGCUAAGUUAAAUGGUACUACUAUACUUUGAAUUGACAUUCACAUGUUGAAUAACACCUUUUUUGUGUUACUCUGUACUCAUUAUUGCUUGUUCGUCUCUUGCAAUUUAGAUAAAUGAUAUAACAUUAAGCUCAAGGUGGUUGAGUCUCAAGCAGUAGUGAGGCGGAAGCAAGCCAAGGGAGCUCCAUGCCCACUGAUCCCACGCGACUCACUGAAGACACCGGAACUGUACUUUAAGUGUUGGGUUUUAAUGCACUCUGUAUUGUGGAUAUUUAUCAAACUGCUAAACUACACUAUGGGGAGACUGUACAAGGGAUAUGGGAUGAAAAAGGAUACGGGAUUAAAUGGAGGGGAUAUAACAGGGAAUUUUAAACACAAUAUGAUAUUCUUUCAUAAAUGACAGCAUAUUUUUGAGGAAUAACAUCUAGAAUUUGCAUUGACAGCAAUAGUGCAUGGAUGUUUUAAUCUAUUGAUCUAAUCUCUCCUGAGUUAUCUACAUUUUUAAAUGUACUAGUUGGUGUUCAGAUAAAAUCGCUUUGUUUUAAUCCAGCUCUGUGGUUUUAAGAUACUUAAUUUUUAGCCAAUUAUGUUUGUACAGUUAACAAAAAACAAAGAUAUAGUUUGUGAAAAUUACAAGGUAGUACUUGAAUUCUAUUUCAUAGUUACUAUAGUUUUUUUGUUUCAAUAUUUCAAUAGCAACAUAUUUUUUCUUCUUCUUUUCCGUACUACGUAUGUGUUGCAGCACCCGGAUAGCAAGGAUAUGCAGAUUAACUUGACUGGUUUCCUGAAUGGAAAAAAUGCUAGAGAGUUUAUGAGAGACCUCUGGCCCCUGUUGCUGAGUGCCCAGGAGAACAUUGCUGGCAUCCCAACACCAUUUUUGGAACAGAAGAAAGAGGAAAUCAAGCAGCGACAGAUUGAACAGGAGAAGCUUGCAUCCUUAAAGAAAUCCGAGGACGACAAAAAGGACUCACGGGAGAGGGCUCAGUCAAAGAGCCCAAGAAGACGGAAGACAAGGUCACCAUCGCCGCGACGCAGGUCACCAUCGCCGCGACGCAGGUCACCAUCGCCGCGACGCAGGUCACCAUCACCGAGACGCAGGUCACCAUCACCGCGACGCAGGUCACCAGUGAGGCGGGAAAGGAAACGAAGUCCCUCACGUUCCCCGAGGCGUAACGCCAGUCCAGCUGGUAGAAACUCACCUCCUCCUCCCUUAAUGCAGCUGCCCACAAAACCUGUGGAGCAGCCUAUAGAGCCUGAUAUAUCAGGAAAAACUCUGACAGAACCAGUCAUCCAAGAAGCAUCUUCCACCAGUGAAACUGUCAUUGAGCUGGGUAAAGCAGACUUGGUGACUGAAAAGAAAGAACCGUCACAUGAGAUGAUUAAGAAAGAGGGACGACCCAAGUCCAGAGAGAAAGACAGUAGAAAGGAGAGACCUCGCCACCGCUCCCGUUCUUAUUCCCACUACCGCAAACGACGCUCUCGUUCAAGAUCUUACUCUCCACGUAGAAGGCAGAGUCCCAGAAGGAGAAUGUCACCACGUCGAAGGAGCCCACCCAGACGGGGCCCUACCAGCUCCAGAAACAGACCAAGGCGUUCUCCUGUCCGCAGGAGGCGCUCCCGCUCUGCUUCGUCCUCUGCUAGCAGCACCUCACGCUCUCACUCACCCAAAAAAGUGAUGAAAAGAAUAUCCAACUCACCCAUGCGAAAACCACCGCAGAUUCCUGGUGCCUCUAUUAGCCCUCCCAGGAAAGUCAGGCGGUCACCAUCUCCACGGGCCAGAAGGGGAAGAGGUUCGCCAUCUCCUCCCAGAUCUUCUGGUUUUAAGAGAAAAUCUGGUGCUUGGGGUGAUUCACCUUCUGAUAACAUUAAACCCAGGCGGUCUGGAUCAGAAUCGGACGAUUAUAAACAUGAAAAAGGCACAACAGCAGAUUCAGUGCAGCAGAGACGGCAAUAUCGCAGACAAAAUCAAGAGUCCUCUUCAGAUUCAGGAUCUUCCUCCUCUGAAGAUGAAACAUCCAAGCGGCCAAAGACAGGACCAGGUGCAAGAAAUGGAGACGUUCGAAGGAGACGUAGCCACACACCUUCCCCGCGUAGGCGACCAAGAGAUUCCUCUCCGAGGAAAAGGCAGUCACCAUCCCCUGGUGCACGCAGACGCCGGUCUCCUAGUCCCCCAAGGCGUCGCAGGUCACCUUCUCCAAGAAGAAGGUCCCCUUCCCCACCUCGCAGACGAUCUCCAUCCAACAGGCGUUAUUCACCUCCCAUCCAGCGUCGUUACAGCUCUUCACCUGUACCUCCUCAGAAGAGGAAAUUAUCUAGUUCUCCCGCAAGACGGGCUUCACCGAGUGGGAAACGGCGACUCUCUAGGUCUCCAAAGCGUAGGGGUUCUCCUGCACAGCGGAGGCGUACACCUCCCUCUUCUUCAUCGCCGCCUCGACACAGAAGAAGCCCUAUGCUGUCUUCUGGUCGGCCACAGAGGGACGCACGAUCCCCUGUUGCAGCAGCAAGCUGCCGCUCGCCGUCACCCGCAAACCGUGGUCGCCCCGUCAGAGGUUCCAAUAGUCCUGUGAGACGCUUUGAAACCUCCAUCCAGCGGAGACACUCGCCAUCACACAAUGAGAAACCUAUCAGAAGAGUUUCACGUACCCCAGAGCCACGCAACAAUCAGAGACCUUCGCCGGGCCCCCAGCCCUUGAGAAGAGUUUCCUCCAUAUCUCGAUCGGCUUCCCCUCAGCCAGCAGCUGUUAAACAACCAGCACCUGUGUCUGGCUCUCCAUCACCGUCUCGCUCGGCCAGUGUGUCCCCGCCACCAGCCAAGAAGGCCAGCAGUGGCUCUGGCAGCCGGUCACCUAGCAAGAAUUCAGAUGCUGAUGGAAGUGCAAAGAAGAAGAAGAAGAAGAAGGACAAGAAGCAUAAGAAGGACAAGAAGCAUAAGAAGCACAAGAAGCAUAAGAAAGAGAAGAGCGACAACGUGGGGACUGGAGACAGCCAGCAGAACCAGGGUGGGGAUGAAGAUGGUGAAUCACGAAAGGAGUCAGAGAGUGAAGUGGAUGACAGCUUGGAUGACCUGGAGAAACACCUUCGAGAGAAAGCGCUGCGGUCAAUGAGGAAGGCACAGGUGUCUCCAUCACAGAUGUCCUAAUACUGGCCCUGUUGAAAAAAAGUUUCCGUGUAACUUCAAUGUUUUGUGAUCAACCUGAUUCAGCUCUAGAAUGUACAAACUGCAGUCUUUUUUGUUUCUUUUUAAGGAUUUGGUACAUUUUGAAGUGUUCAUUCUGAGUUUGAUUUUGUCUGCCUGUUAUCAAAACUGUACAAAACUUGUUGUCUAUAACUACUAAAUUGAUAAGCAUGACAUCGAUGUACACAGACGGUUGAGAUGGACAUGUUUCAUUCCCCACUCCCCUAAGCCAGUUUUAGAUUAUUUUUGAGAAAAGAUUGGAUGUGCAGUGAUUUUUUUCUGUCCCCUUUAUAUGCUAUGGCAUAUAAAGGACGAUGUUCACGCACAGCAUUUCUUUCAGAGCGUCAUGGCUGUGUAACAGGCUGUAACAAAAACAAGUCUGGUCCUUCUGGCAGUACACAAUGCUUUAACCAGCUGUUUUUGUUUAAAGAGGAUGCUUUAAUUUAUCCAUCUCAACUUGAUUUGUUUUUGACAUCCUCGCACCAAACUGAUUUAUGGGAAACUGCAUUAUUUUUUGUAUUUAGUUCCCCUAAGUUGUCGUGUCAUCCUUUCAGAAAUAAAGCCUUUUUAUAGGA